AUGGCUGCUGUCCUGUCCUUCUCUACCAGACUUUUCUCUGUGUUAAGAUUUGAAAGUGUUAUCCAUGAGUUUGAUCCGUAUUUCAACUACCGUACCACCCGCUUCCUGACAGAAGAAGGAUUUUACCAGUUUCACAACUGGUUUGAUGAUCGUGCAUGGUAUCCUCUUGGAAGGAUCAUUGGUGGAACUAUCUAUCCAGGCUUGAUGAUCACAUCUGCCCUCCUGUACCAUGUUCUUCACUUCUUUCACAUCACCAUUGACAUUCGCAACGUUUGCGUCUUCCUGGCUCCUUUGUUUUCCUCAUUCACUGCAAUUGUCACUUACCAUCUGACCAAGGAACUAAAGGAUGCAGGAGCUGGACUUCUUGCAGCGGCCAUGAUUGCUGUGGUGCCUGGUUACAUCUCCCGUUCUGUUGCUGGUUCCUACGAUAAUGAAGGUAUCGCCAUCUUUUGCAUGCUGUUGACCUAUUACAUGUGGAUCAAGGCUGUCAAAACUGGAUCCCUGUACUGGUCGUCCAUGUGCGCGCUUGCAUACUUCUACAUGGUUUCGUCGUGGGGUGGCUAUGUUUUUCUGAUCAACUUGAUUCCACUUCACGUCUUGGUUUUGAUGCUCACUGGACGAUUCUCUCACCGCAUCUAUGUGGCUUACUGCACCGUGUACUGUCUUGGCACUAUUCUGUCCAUGCAGAUUUCUUUUGUUGGCUUUCAGCCAGUGCAGUCAUCAGAGCACAUGGCAGCCUUUGGAGUGUUUGGUUUGUGCCAAAUUCAUGCCUUUGUGGAUUAUCUGCGCAGUAAACUCAAUGCCCAGCAAUUUGAGGUGUUGUUCAAGAGCGUCAUCUCCCUGGUGGGCUUCAUCCUGCUUUCAGCUGGAGCUGUUUUGAUGCUGACAGGAAAAAUCUCCCCAUGGACGGGUCGUUUCUACUCUUUGCUGGAUCCAUCGUAUGCCAAGAACAACAUUCCCAUCAUCGCCUCUGUCUCUGAACAUCAGCCAACUACGUGGUCGUCAUACUACUUUGACUUGCAAUUGUUGGUGUUUAUGUUUCCAGUUGGCCUUUACUACUGUUUCAACAACCUAUCGGACGCCAGGAUUUUCAUCAUCAUGUACGGAGUGACCAGCAUGUACUUCUCAGCCGUCAUGGUGCGUCUGAUGCUGGUGCUCGCUCCAGUCAUGUGCAUCCUUUCCGGAAUUGGGGUGUCCCAGGUUUUGACCACUUACAUGAAGAACCUGGACGUAAGCCGCCCAGACAAAAAGUCCAAAAAGCAGCAGGAUGCAACCUAUCCAAUCAAAAACGAGGUUGCCAGUGGUAUGAUUUUGGUCAUGGCCUUCUUCCUCAUCACCUAUACGUUCCACUCGACCUGGGUCACCAGCGAGGCCUACUCCUCUCCCUCUAUCGUCUUGUCGGCCCGCGGAGGAGAUGGCAGCCGCAUUAUCUUUGAUGAUUUCAGGGAGGCUUACUACUGGCUGCGGCACAACACCCCAGAAGAUGCUAAAGUCAUGUCGUGGUGGGAUUAUGGCUAUCAGAUAACUGCUAUGGCGAACCGGACCAUUCUAGUAGACAACAACACGUGGAACAAUACCCAUAUAUCCAGAGUUGGGCAGGCUAUGGCAUCUACAGAGGAACGAGCAUAUGAAAUUAUGAGGGAAUUGGAUGUCAGCUAUGUCUUGGUCAUCUUUGGAGGUCUGACUGGUUACUCAUCAGAUGACAUCAACAAGUUUCUUUGGAUGGUGCGUAUCGGAGGAAGCACCGACACAGGAAAGCACAUUAAAGAGCAUGAUUACUACACUCCCACCGGGGAGUUCAGAGUCGACCGUGAGGGCUCCCCAGUUCUGCUCAACUGCCUCAUGUACAAGAUGUGCUACUAUCGCUUUGGACAGGUCUACACAGAAGCUAAGCGCCCACCUGGUUACGACAGAGUGAGAAAUGCUGAGAUUGGAAAUAAAGACUUUGAGCUGGAUGUUUUGGAGGAAGCCUACACUACAGAGCACUGGCUGGUUAGGAUAUACAAGGUGAAAGACUUGGAUAACCGCGGCCUCUCGAGGACAUAA